AUGCCACGCUGGCCCGUCUACGUCUACUUUGCGGGCGCCUGCGUCUGCCUGCUGACGUCGUGCGUGUGCCACCUGCUGGGCUGCUGCCAGCGCCACAUCAGCCAGGUGGUGUGGCGGUUUGACUACGCGGGCAUCGCGGUGCUCAUCGUGGCGUCAUUCUACCCCGCGGUUUACUACGCCUUUCUGUGCCAGCCCUUCUGGCGGAACUUUUACCUCAUCACCACAACAGUCGCGGGCGCCAGCGUGAUUGCGGUGUCCCUGCCCAACACCUUCCAGGCGACGGAGUACCGAACCCUGCGCGCCGCCGUGUUCAGCGGCCUGGGGCUGUGGGGCAUUGUGCCCGUCGCGCACCAGCUGGUCUGGUACUGGGAUGUCUGGGCCAUCCGCACCGCCUUCAAGCUCGACCUGCUGAUGGGGGCGCUCUACCUGGUUGGCGCGGCCAUUUACGCGUCGCGCGUGCCCGAGCGCUGGCUGCCGGGCAAGCUGGACCUCAUCGGCCACAGCCACCAGCUGUGGCACGUAGCCGUGGUGCUGGCGGCCCUGGUGCACUACAAGGCCAUCCUGGUGCUGCUGCAGUGGCGCGACGCGAGCGGCGGCUGCGCCGCGCACCUGCCGGCCCACGUGCCGACGGUGCUCGCGACGCUGCGCGCCGGCGGCGGCGGCGCGGAGGCGCUGGGGAUCGAGCAGGUGUGGCGCCACCUGGACGCACAGCUGCACAGAUUUGUGGGCGUGCCUGCGGCGGCGGCGCCGCUGCCGGUGGUCUGA